CGUGGGCCAUUGCGUCACCUGAUAUCGACAGCUGGCCUGUAUCCAAGUCGGCCUUUACAAUAUCACACUAUCUUAACCUAUUCAUCGUCACGAAGGGCCCGUCCCCUCACUUCCCUAAACAUAUCAUAUGCCGACGUUAGGAUCGUUAGGAUUUCUUAAGAAGAAGCGGACGAAAGAGGACAAGCCAGACCCUGCUUCCAGCCAGCCCACGAGUCCUGUUACACCAAUCACCCCGACAUCCUCGAGGACAUUCGGGUCGAGCUCCCUGACCACCGUCCCAACACAUAGUACAACCGCGACGAGCAUAGCUUCCCAAUCGCAACCGACGACGCAAAGUACUCAGGAGGCACCAGCUUCUGCUGGUGGGGGGGCACAAAUGAAUCCACCAGCAGCCCAAGCCGUUCCUUACGGGAUCCAGCCUUCUCUGAGCCCCGCGCAGACGGGAACACCGCAAAAUCUACCGAGUAUCAAUAACCUAAUCAACCUACCGCAAAAUGACGGUCACCCCGGAGCGCCCCCAACGCAACAUCAACAACACCAAUCACAACCUUCCGAGGUUAGGGUGACGAAGGGAAAGUACUCGCUUACCGACUUCGAUCUCCUCCGGACGCUCGGCACGGGAAGUUUUGGGCGUGUUCAUUUGGUCCAGUCGAAACACAAUCAACGAUUUUAUGCCAUUAAGGUUUUAAAGAAGGCCCAAGUUGUCAAGAUGAAGCAGGUGGAACACACCAAUGAUGAACGGCGGAUGCUUGGUGAGGUUAAACAUCCAUUCCUCAUCACUCUAUGGGGAACCUUUCAAGACCCGAAGAAUCUGUAUAUGGUUAUGGAUUUUGUUGAAGGUGGCGAGUUGUUCUCUUUGCUGAGGAAAUCAGGCCGAUUUCCAAACCCGGUGGCUAAAUUUUAUGCCGCAGAAGUCACUCUCGCCCUUGAAUACCUACAUACAAGAAAUAUCAUUUAUAGGGAUCUAAAACCCGAAAAUUUACUCCUGGACCGCCACGGGCACCUCAAAAUAACAGAUUUUGGCUUUGCCAAAAGGGUUCCGGAUAAGACAUGGACCUUGUGUGGGACUCCGGACUACUUAGCACCAGAAGUGGUUUCUAACAAGGGUUAUAACAAAUCGGUCGACUGGUGGUCUCUGGGCAUCUUAAUCUACGAGAUGCUUUGCGGCUACACACCGUUUUGGGAUAGUGGUUCGCCGAUGAAAAUCUACGAAAAUAUCCUAAGGGGCAAAGUCAAGUAUCCGGCGUAUGUCCAUCCUGACGCUCAGAACUUACUAGAGCUUCUUAUCACGCCAGAUUUGACAAAGCGGUUGGGCAACCUCUAUGGAGGAUCACAAGAUGUGAAAACCCACCCGUGGUUCGCAGAGGUUACAUGGGACAGAUUAUCGAGAAAAGAUAUUGAUGCUCCAUACACACCCCCGGUUAAGGCCGGUGCUGGUGACGCAAGCCAAUUCGAUAGGUACCCCGAAGAAACAGAGAAGUAUGGCCAGCCGGGGAAUGACGAGUAUGGGUACCUGUUCUCUGAUUUCUGAUAAGCCGGUGGACUUGUUCUAUAAGUGAGUACUAUUAGGCGAGGCGCAUUGCAGGUUCUUAGAUCAGGGCCUAUCAGCUGGGCUAGACUUGGGCAAAGGUUCAAUUUGUUGCUUUGUCUUUUAUGGACACCUUGAAAAGAAGUGACAGUAGUGGCUCUUAUGGCGUAAAAUCGUGUCGAACGCGAUGGCACAUGCUUGAAAAGGGUGAUGGGUGAGGCGCGCGACUUCGCAUCUUGGACGAAAAGUUGUGAGGUUGUCAUAAGGCUCAAGGCAAAUAAAAAAGGGGGGCCUAAUAUGGAAUUGGGUGUCAACCUAGCCUUGGAAAUUCUACAUACGAACAUUAUAGGUUAACAGACUAAAGACUCGAAUGCCGUGGUUCGUAAAGACUGUAUUAUGCCACGA